AUGUUUGAGGAACUGAUUAAGGCAAAAGCAAUGUUUUGGGUUUUGGUUCUGUUGAACUUUAUUGUUCUUAAUGAUGGGAUAACUUCAGAGGGAGCUUCAAGGCCUCAUGUUGUCAAUGUUGGAGCAAUUUUCAGUUUAAGCACUAUACAUGGUCAAGUUGCAAAUAUCGCCAUGAAAGCUGCAGAGGAUGAUGUAAACUCCGAUCCUAGCUUCCUCGGUGGUUCCAAACUGCGUAUAACGGCGUAUGAUGCUAAGCGCAAUGGAUUCCUCACCAUCAUGGGAGCAUUGCAAUUCAUGGAGACUGAUGCUGUGGCUAUCAUUGGUCCUCAGACAUCAAUAAUGGCUCAUGUCCUGUCUCAUCUUGCAAACGAGCUUAGCGUUCCCAUGUUAUCAUUCACAGCUCUAGACCCUAGCCUCUCUGCGCUCCAGUUCCCGUUCUUUGUCCAAACAGCACCUAGCGAUCUCUUCUUGAUGCGUGCCAUUGCGGAGAUGAUAACUUACUACGGUUGGUCUGAUGUGGUUGCGUUGUACAACGACGAUGACAACAGCAGAAACGGUGUAACCUCUUUAGGCGAUGAGCUUGAAGGAAGACGCUGCAAGAUCUCUUACAAGGCGGUGCUUCCUCUGGAUGUGGUGAUCACGAGUCCUCGUGAGAUCAGAGACGAGCUGAUAAAGAUUCAAGGGAUGGAAUCUCGUGUGAUCAUUGUGAACACAUUCCCUAGAACAGGUACGAUGAUCUUUAAAGAAGCUCGGAAGCUUGGCAUGAUGGAGAAAGGUUAUGUCUGGAUAGCUACAACUUGGUUGACGUCUCUGUUGGAUUCAGUUAAUCCUUUACCUCCCAAGACAGCUGAGUCUCUCAGAGGAGUGCUCACUCUUCGCAUCCACACUCAAGAAUCAAGAAAGAAGAGAGACUUUGUUGCACGGUGGAACAAGCUGAGUAAUGGAACUGUAGGGCUAAACGUUUAUGGACUCUACGCGUAUGAUACUGUGUGGAUCAUUGCUCGAGCUGUUAAGAGACUUCUUGAGAGCGGAGCUAACAUUUCCUUCUCCACCGACUCGAAGUUGACCAGCUUGAAAGGAGGGUCGUUGAAUCUAGGCGCGUUGAGCAUAUUUGAUCAAGGACAGCAGUUUCUUGAUUACAUUGUGAAGACAAACAUGCCUGGCGUUACAGGACCAGUUCAGUUUCUUCCGGACAGAUCGAUGUUCCGUCCUGCGUAUGACAUUAUAAACGUGGCUGGUGGUGGGUUUAGGCAGAUAGGGUACUGGUCUAACCACUCUGGUCUCUCUGUUAUACCUCCUGAGUCACUGUACAGUAAGCCUUCAAACCGUUCUAGCUCAAACCAGCAUCUUAAGAAUGUGGUUUGGCCUGGUGGGACUUCUGAAACGCCACGUGGAUGGGUGUUUCCUAACAAUGGGAGGAGGUUGAGAAUCGGUGUACCUAACAGAGCAAGCUUCAAGGACUUUGUGUCGAGUGUGAAUGGAAGCAACAGAGUGGAAGGGUAUUGCAUUGAUGUCUUUGAAGCUGCUAUUAAACUGCUUUCUUAUCCGGUUCCUCAUGAGUUUGUCUUGUUUGGAGACGGUCUCAAGAACCCAAACUUCAAUGAGCUUGUCAACAAUGUCUCUACAGGGAUGUUUGAUGCUGUGGUGGGAGACAUAGCGAUUGUUACAAAGCGAACAAGGAUUGUGGAUUUCACUCAGCCAUACAUUGAGUCAGGGCUUGUAGUGGUUGCUCCUGUCACAAAGCUAAAUGAUACUCCUUGGGCGUUCUUACGCCCUUUUACUCCUCCAAUGUGGGCUGUUACAGCUGCUUUCUUCCUCAUUGUUGGUUCAGUGAUAUGGAUUCUUGAACAUAGAAUCAACGAUGAGUUUCGUGGACCUCCAAGGAGACAGAUUGUUACAAUACUCUGGUUCAGCUUUUCGACGAUGUUUUUCUCACACAGAGAGAAUACAGUGAGCACACUGGGUCGUCUUGUGUUGCUCAUCUGGCUUUUUGUGGUUCUGAUCAUCACCUCAAGCUACACAGCGAGUCUUACUUCGAUUCUUACAGUGCAACAGCUAAACUCACCGAUCAAAGGUGUAGACACACUCAUCAGCAGCAGUGGACGUGUUGGGUUUCAGGUAGGUUCUUAUGCUGAGAACUACAUGAUUGAUGAGCUUAACAUCGCAAGAUCAAGACUUGUACCACUCGGCUCUCCUAAAGAAUACGCCACAGCUCUUCAAAACGGAACCGUCUCUGCGAUUGUCGAUGAACGUCCUUACGUUGAUCUCUUCCUCUCUGAGUUUUGUGGAUUUGCCAUCAGAGGUCAAGAAUUCACCAGAAGCGGCUGGGGAUUUGCAUUCCCGAGAGACUCUCCAUUAGCAGUUGACAUGUCAACUGCGAUCUUAGGUCUAUCAGAAACGGGACAGCUUCAAAAGAUUCAUGACAAGUGGCUUUCGAAAUCCAACUGCAGUAACUUGAAUGGUUCACAGUCAGAUGAUGAUCCAGAACAGCUUAAACUCCGUAGCUUUUGGGGACUCUUCCUUGUGUGUGGGAUUGCUUGUUUCAUCUCUCUUGUUAUAUACUUCUUCAAUAUAGUCCGAGACUUUUGCAACCACCACAAGGCUGAAGAAGAAGAAGAAGAAGCUACAGUACCUUCACCAGAAGCUAGAGCUCCUUCGCGUUCUAAAACAUUGCAGACGUUUCUAGCCUAUUUUGAUGAAAAAGAAGACGAAUCCAACCGAAGGUUGAAGCGUAAACGAAACGAUGACACGUCUGUAAAUUCUUCUAGACCAGUGUGA